AUGUCACUGCUGCGCUUCCUCUCCUUGGCAGCAGUGUGUCUAAGCAGUGUCGCUGCCUCGCUUCCAGACCAUUCACCAACAUCACACACUCCCACCAUCCCACAAUCUCGCCAUCUCUACCGGAUUGACAUUCUUUGCUCACCAUGUGCGUUUGCCGAGGCUCAGUGCUCUCAGGAGCUGGAGCCGCCCUCAUAUAUAACACUGGACCUCUCCACCACCAAUCACACCCUAUACGUCAACCAUGAGCCCAUCUUCCCCGUCGCUCUUCCCCUCCAGUUCCCAGCAGUCAAGUACUGGGAUUCCGGCAAGCAGCCGGUCACCGUCUCGUACGCGGUCGACAUCCAGCCUCUCCCCGCGCAGCCGGGCGCCGUCUUCGACGAGACGCUCCACCUUCUGCUCAACCUGCGCCUAUUCGACCAGUCCGGCCGCGCCAUCGCCCCGAGCUCCAUCGCCGUCGGCCUCACCAGUCACCAGGAAACCCUGCGCAUCAUCAAGGUCGAGCGCAGCCCCGUCCCCCACCCCGGGCACGAAUCCAGCCCCUGGCGGCCCUUCAAACACCACGUCCGGCCGUUCCUCGAGGCCCUGACCGGCACCAACCCCGCGGACCAUCGCCCCAGCCACCGUCCGCACCGCCGCCCCCCCGCCUCGCACUACCACAACACCAUGCCCUGGAGCAGCCGGGACCGCAGCUUCAUGCGCCUGGUGCGGCCCGUCAUUCUGCCGGCGCUGCUCGGGGUCGCCGCGGGCCUGUGUGCCUGUCUGACCGGGUUCGUGGCGGGGAAAGUGAUGGUCGCCGUAUAUCGCUGCUGGUAUCCACAGCCUGACGUCCCGACCAUCCAGUUGGAGUGCAUCGCGGACGAGGAACAGAGCUUUGUCUCGGAGAAGCGGUGGUUGAGUGUAUGA